AGCAAAGAGAGAUCGGAAAGAGAGCGUGGCCUUAUCAUAUCAUAAUUGGUGAGCAGCCGAGAUCUGUUGCCGGUGCAUCGAGGAAAGUUUAGAGUUUGAACUCUGUUUAUCCAAUGCACAAAGCGUAGAUCUCUGUGAUAUAAUGGAUUACAGGAAAAUCAAAGACGAGGAUGAAGUUAGGGAUGUGGGCGUUGAGGACGUUGGAAAAUCAUUUUUGCUGUCAGGUACCGGUAUCGCUAUCGCUCCUCCGGGCUGGAUAAUGGAUAGUUGUGUUGUACCGUUUCGUAUCUCUUCCGGUCCCAGAUAACGAUUUGACUUCCGAGGGAGAAACCAAAAUUGACAGCCACAGGGAGAAAGUAAGUAAAGUGGAAGCGCAAGUCAGUUGUUACACUUGCAUUGACUGUUCUUACUAGUUCGCAAGGCAUUCUAAUCGUUUGGUCCAAGAGAGCUGGCAAUUAUGAGUAUAGAGUCACUACUGCUAACUUUAUGGUGGAGACUUUAAAAUGUGCUAUAUCCCUUGUGGCCUUGGGAAGAAUAUGGAAAAAAGACGGUGUCAAUGAGGACAACAGGUUGACUACAAUCUUUGAUGAAGUUAUAGUGUAUCCUAUUCCACCAGCACUUUACCUUGUCCCCUACAGCACAAAUGAGUAUCACUAGACAGUGUCCCCUUGGUGGUGGGGGUCAUCACGUAUUGGACUACUUGAAGCAUAUGCAGGCAGAGAAUCCUGCUUUCUUUUAUGCAGUCCAGGAUGUCAAUAAUCUCGCGUGUGGGAAUAUAUUUUGGGCUGAUGCAACAUCUAGAACAAACUACUCUUAUUUUGGAGAUGCUGUUAUAUUGGACACAACCUACAAGACUAACCGAUGCCGGGUUCCAUUUACCUCUUUCAAUGGGUUGAAUCAUCAUGGGCAACCUGUGUUAUUUGGUUGUGCAUUGAUUUUCAAUGAAUCUGAGUCGUCAUUUAUAUGGCUAUUCAGGACUUGGCUUCAUGCCAUGUCUGGCCGCCACCCUGUCUCUAUUACAACAGAUUUGGACCCUUUCAUACAAGUUACUGUUGCCCAAGUUCUCCCUUCAACUCGCCAUCGGUUUUGUGAAUGGAGCAUAUUCAGAGAAACCCGAGGCAAACUGGCUCAUUUAUGUCAGUCAUAUCCUGCUUUUGAAACUGAAUUCAAGAAAUGCGUUCAUGAAAGUGAGACUAUUGAUGAGUUUGAGUCUUAUUGGCACUCACUCUUGGAAAGAUUCUACGUCAUGGACAAUGAGUGGCUUCAGUCAAUAUACAACUCACGACAACAUUGGGUUCCUGUGUACUUGCGGGAGACUUUCUUUGGAGAGAUAUCUUUGAAUGAGGGAAAUGAAUAUUUGAUUUCUUUCUUUGAUGGAUAUGUGAAUUCAUCCACCACUCUACAGGUAUUGGUUAGACAAUACGAGAAAGCCGUGUCAAGUUGGCACGAAAAAGAAUUAAAAGCAGAUUAUGACACUACUAAUAGUAGUCCAGUUUUAAAAACACCAUCUCCUAUGGAAAAACAAGCUGCGAGUCUUUACACGAGAAAGAUAUUCAUGAAAUUCCAAGAGGAGUUAGUAGAGACUCUUGCAAAUCCUGCUAUAAAAAUUGAUGAUUCAGGAACAAUCACUACAUAUCGAGUUGCCAAAUUUGGGGAAAACCAAAAAUCUCAUGUUGUGACUUUUAAUUCUUUUGAGAUGAAAGCUAGUUGCAGCUGUCAGAUGUUUGAAUUUUCAGGAAUUAUUUGUAGGCAUAUACUGUCAGUCUUCAGAGCUAAAAAUGUUCUCACUCUUCCAUCUCAGUAUGUGUUGACACGCUGGACAAGGAAUGCUAAAACCGGUACAUUGUUAGAUGAACAUGCAUCUGAAUUGCCAAGUACUUCUCGUGAAUCUGUACCAGUUUGUUAUAACAAUUUACGACAAGAAGCAAUCAAAUAUGUUGAAGAAGGUGCAAAAUCAAUCCAAAUCUAUCAUGUUGCCAUGAGAGCUCUGAAAGAAGCUGCUAAGAAGGUUUGCACCAUAAAAAAUCAGAGUUCUGGAACAGCAGAGGGAGCUACAGCAACCAAUGGAAGCAGGGGUGAAUUGCUUGUAGCAGAUGAAGAUGUUCCAAGCAAUCAAUCUGUGGCGGAGAAGCAAAAGAAAAUAGGAGAGUUGACUGCUGAGUUAGAGGCCACAAAUCAACGAUGUGAAGUUUAUAGAGCAAACUUGCUGGCUGUGCUAAAGGAUAUGGAAGAACAGAAGUUAAAGCUAUCAGUAAAGGUUCAAAAUGCAAGACUUAGUUUGAAAGAGUGAUUCCCUGAUUGCAAAGGGUUUUAAUGCAUGCCUGUCUUGCCAUUUUGAUUCCUCUUAGGGUAUGUUAAUAACCUUUGCGUAGUUUAUCGUGGUCCGUGUCUGCAAUCUGAUUGAAUAUUUGAAUUUCUCGAUAAGUUAUUAAUUUUAUUAUUAAUUUCUGUGCUAUAAACAUUCAUUGAGCCACCCCACCCCUGUCCUCCAGCACUGCUGUGCGCCUACACCUCCGUCCAGAUCCAGCACAUACUCCCUUGCACCACCGUGUCAUCAGCACCCCCCGGGAUCCUGUAGUUACGGGUUUUGUUGUUGCUGUCAAUGGAUUUGAGAUGGUGAUUGGGAUUUGAGCCAACAAUAAAAAUAUGAUUCCGUUGUUGUACAAUGAAAUUAUUUUUUCGUUGUUUUUUUUCA